AUGGAAUCAAACUCCGAAAAUGUCCCUUCACAGAAUAAUGAACGCCAACGAAAAGUACAAUCUCUAAACGUGACAACUUUACCGGGACUAAUAAAUUUUGAUCCAAGUUCUCCUCCUAAUUCACCGAAUUCACCAAAAAAAUCACGCCCAAUGUCUAUGUUUAUUCACCCUCAGGAAAGACUAGCUUUAGAACAAACAACUAAUUCCGCAAUGGUGGCUCCGGAAGCCUCUUAUUCUAAUAAUAAUGUACCCUUUUCGUUUGCACCUGCUACAAAUUCAGAGGUUGACGUCGCCUCUGUGAAUUCUUUCAGAACCAUCGAUACAAAUCAAACCGGUGAUCAUGAAAGUUUGUCUUCAGAUAUCACAGACCGUGCGAACGAACCACAGGGUUUGAUUAAAUUACUUUGCGAAAUUGAUGGAGGUCUUGGAAUCGCUCUCGAACGAGUUAAGCAAUGUUCAUCAUCGGCUAAAGCAUCAACUUUUUUGAAAAAAAGGGCAGCAAUUGAAGAUGAAUAUGGAAGAAUGAUGAUUAAGCUGGCUAAAAGUAUGCAAGAAGGUCAUCAUACUAAUGAUACGAAACAAGG